AGGGCAUUCAACUUUGAAUCAAAUCCUCAUUGUUUUUAUUGUUUCUGAUUGCGAGCCUCCAGCUGAUGGUCCAAUAUUAGAAAACUUGAUUUCUACAAACUUCUGACAUUCUGAGUCUUGUUCCUGAGAGACAGAAUGUCAGAGCUUUUGGCUUUUUCUCGUAUAUCCUUCCUGCUGAUUUGGGUUCUGGUCAUUUCUUCGAUGACAUCUGGCUUCCCUCAACCUCGACUACCUCUCAGAAAUCCUGAUGAUCCACAGGAAGUGAAACGAGAUGAUUGGGAGGUCCUCUUCCCCUCCAUUUCCCUCCAUGACUGGAACAUCCAGAUGAUGUCGGCGCCCAGCCUAAAAGCAGCUGGAGACAGCAAGGCUGAUCUGAUGAGGGAGGCAUGGCUGUUUGCUCCGGAAAGGAUGGAGGCCAGUGUGGAGGGGGUCUGGCCCACUGAGUGGGCAUCAGAAGGAGCCCGGCUGGUGAAGAGGAACAUGGUGGUGGCUGACGACGCUGCCUUCAGAGAGAAGAGCAAACUCCUCACUUCCAUGGAGAGACAAAAGUGGCUCAACUCCUACAUGCAGAAACUUCUGGUGGUUAACUCCUGACGAAUGCUGGAUGUUUCUGCAGUGUUAAAUGUGUUUAUCUAUGUGGAGAAAAUGUUGCUGGCAUUAAACUCAGAAGUGAAUCAAAAUACAAAAGAUGUUUCUGAUGUUCAUGACAAGUGCUGCUGAGUUUGACAGACAUGUUGGUUUAGUCUGUGUCACAGACGAAAACUCAUUCAGCUUCA